AUGAAGGGGCUGAGCGAUCUGUUUGGCUUCAGGGAGGAUGUGAGGCAGGCAGCCACAGCAGCCGGCCACGAGAGUCUAUUGCCAGAUGAGAGAGAAUUUCAGUAUGCUGCUAAAAUGAACAAUUUGGAAACGAUGGAAAAAAUAUUUAAAAAGAAUGUUAACAUAAAUGCUGUAGAUACUUUGAAGCGUACUGCCCUUCAUUUUGCUGUUGCAAGAAAUCACGUAUCUGCAGUGGAUUUUCUUCUCCAUCACAAAGCUAGACUUGACAUCGCAGAUCAGCAUGGCCUGACAGUGAUUCAUCUUGCAGCUUGGUCUGGAAAUCUGGAUAUAAUGCGAAAAUUAGUUAAAGCAGGUGCUGAUCAAAAGGCUAAGAAUGAGGAAGGGAUGAAUGUACUGCAUUUUGCAGCUCAGAACAACAGUGUUAAAAUAGUCGAUUAUUUUCUCAGAGAUCUUCACCUGAAUGACUUGAACAAGCCUGAUGGGAAAGGUAAAAAGCCAUUUCUUCUGGCAUCUGAAAAAGGCCAUGCUGACAUGAUGAACUGUUUGAUUACUCUAAAGCUGUUUACAUCUGAAAAAGAUAAGGAAGGAAACACAGCAUUGCAUCUAGCAGCUAAAAAUGGACACAGCGAAGUUGUAGAAAUUCUGCUCAAACAGUGGGAAGAAAUAAAUGACCUCAAUCAGAACAAUACCAGUGCUUUGCAAAUUGCAAUCCAGAAUGGACAUCUAUCCUUGGUCACAUUUCUUCUUGAUAAGAAUAUUGACCUUGUCCCUAAACCAGAGCAGAAGAAUUCCCCUCUCCAUUUAGCAGUCAUCAAAAAUCAUCUACCUGUAGUAAAAAGCCUCUUGGAUGCCAAUCAUGAUAUAAACUCCUUAAAUCAUAGGCAGGAAACCCCUUUACAUCUGGCAGCUGAUCUUGGCAACGUGGAGCUGGUGGAACUGCUGCUGAAGGCAGGCUGUGAUCUCAAGACUGUGGAUAAGCAUGGAAAAACUGCACUAGCUGUGGCAUCAAGGAGCAAUUAUGCCCUCAUCGUAGAUAUGAUCAUUAAAGCAGAAAGGUAUUAUGCUAGAAAACAGGAACAUCUAGAGCAUAAUGAUGCUGAGUCAGACUUUGUUUUGUCUUUCAAACAAGAUCACAGUACACAGACCAAGCAAAUCCGUUCCUCCCUUUGGAAUCUAGCAUAUAAUCAGUUGAAACCACAGGCAUGGAAGAAACUGGCUCUGUUCUGGAAGUUCACAGAUGGACAAAUUAAAGCUAUUGAAGAACAGUGGACAGGAAAAAAAAGUUAUAAGGAACAUGGACACAGAAUGCUGCUCAUCUGGUUACAUGGUACAUUGCUGGCUCAUCAGAAUCCUGUCAAACAUAUAUAUGAAGAUCUAAAGGAAGCAGGAUUUCAACAUUUAGCUGAGAAGAUCAGAGCUGAAAGUAGCACUGACAAGGAGUCCAGAAAAUGUGCAAUUUUAUGAGUUCUUCAAGAGAACAUGGUAUAUACAAUGGAAUUAUAUGCCAGAUGGAAAGUAGCUUUCAAAUACAGAUUUUUUUUUUGGGGGGGGGGAAAGUAAAAUCUAUUUUGAAGUUGUACAACUUUUUCUAACCUAGAAGAACCUGCACUCCUGAAAUGCCAGUUAGUUGUUUCUCUUGUGCUUUGCCCUACAGUAAUUUACAGCUUUUAAGAGCGAAUGGCUGGGUGGCCAUUUAUGACUACAUGGUUAAGUAAGAGGUGCCCUUUCUGCCCCUCCCAUCCCGUGAAAAUUUCUGUAGCUGGCUUAACAUUGAUAUAAUAAUUCCCUGUUGGAACUGCACAAUUAAGCUAUUUUGUUUGACAUGAAAUAUAAUUGAGAUGUUUUCUAGCUGAAAGAAAUUAAGAAGUGAAAAUUAUGUGUAUAAAUCAACAGUUCCAGAAAUAGGUUGGCAUCUGGCCUCAUUUGGGAUUCAGGUUUUUAUACAGUCUAUUGCUAGGAUUAUAAUUUUCCUAUCUGAAGAGGGCUUUUCCUCUUGAUUAGUGCUAGGACCUGAAACAAAUAUAUCUUUUUAAGCAUUUGAUUUAUGUAGUGAAAAUACACAAAAAUGCCAUGUCUAUAACCAUCUGGCUGCAGAGCUUCUCCAAUCAUGGCAUAUCCUUGUAUACAUACUUAAAAAAGGACACUUGAUACUGUAAUACUUAACAUAUUUAGAAUAUUCAUAUUUACCUAGUUCAUGAUUUGAA